AUGGCGGCAAUACAUAGUUUGCUACCAGCUGCAGCAGAUAAGGAGAGGAGAGAGGCGGAGGAAGAGGUGAAAUGGUGGGGGGGAAAUAUAGGGAGAGAAGAGAGGAGGAAUAUGAAGGGGCGGAGUGAGGGGAGGAGAAGAGAGGAGGAGGGUGAAGAGGCGGAAAGGGUGGGUGGAAAAGGCGGAGGUGGCAUGAAAGAGGCAAAGGAGGAGGAGGAGGAGGAGGAGGAGGAGGAGGAGGAGGAGGAGGAGGAGGAGGGUGAAGGGGCGGAUCGAGAGGGGGGAAGGCACCACGAGGGGAGGGGAAGGCACCUACGAGGAGGGGAAGGAGGGCGGUCGCAAGAAGGUGAGGCUGAGUGGCGGUGGGCAGGGUGCGUGCACGUCAACGAAGGGCAAAGGGCGCGCGCGCGACGAUGGGGAACAGGCACGCGCGCAUGA